AUGGAUGAAGGCAGCGCCUUCGUGACGGACGACGUCGACAACUCACGACGGUCGCGUGAACUCGACAGUUCCUCCCUCCACAUCUCCGCCCUGCGCGAGGACAGGGCAGUGGCAUCCGCGUCUCUGCUGACGCGGUCCCCAAGGAAUACCACUCCAACACUGCCGCAAGCAGCUCCCGCUGCCAAGGAUGAAAGCAACGGCGACACGAACAAAAACUUGUUGACCGGGGUGGGGCGCGACUUCUCUGCCGCGUCCCCGCUUCCUCACGCAAACGGGACGCGGCGGGACGACUCUCCAGCCUCGCAAUCCGGCAAGGUCGAGUUGGUCUCGUCACCGCUGCAGGUCGUGCCGGAGCCGGUCGGAGAGGUCCACAUGAGCUCCGCCAACGCCGCGGCGAUGUCAGGCGCGGCAUCCGUCCCGUCUCCGUCCAGCUUCACCUCACGGCACGCCCCGCUUGUGCCGGAAAACCGGCACGUCGUGAAAGGGGCCGCGCUGCCGCAGCCGCUGCGCAAGAGCCAGCUGCGCGCCGCGCCGACCGGGGGCAGCGACUCCGACACCGAAGAGGAAGGCGGUAACGAGAAUGACGCAGCGAACGCGAACGGAACGGCCGUGGGCCUCGACAGCGUCCUCGAUGCCGAGGAACAGGAAGCGGAGCGGCAGUUCGUGGACGAGUUUGGCUUCGUCAUCGACGAGGACGCGAAGGCGAGAGACGAGAAGUACAUCCGUCGCAUUGAUGGCAAGCAGGUCGUGCGUCGCGAGAUUAAGUGGGCGAACAUGGCCGCGGACUGGAACCGGACGAAUACGAGGAUGCACGCAAAGCUGAAGGAGCGCUGCCGCAAGGGCAUCCCCAGCCGGUUUCGCGGUGUGGCGUGGCAGCUGCUGCUCGGUUCCUUUCAUCAGCUGAACUCUGACGGAAACGCCGGCGUGUUUGUCGCGCUGCGGGAUAAGACACUCGCCGAUAAGGAGGUGGACGCAAUUAUUUCGCGAGAUCUGGCCCGCACCUUCCCCAACCACGUCCUCUUUCAGGACGCCGGCGGUGCAGGGCAGACGUUCCUGCGCAACGUCCUUCACGCCUACGCGGGCAGCGACCCUGAGGUGGGCUACGUGCAGGGCAUGGGCUUCCUUGUGGCGGCGCUCUCUACGCAGAUGGGCGAGGAGGAGUCCUUCUGGGCGUUGCACGAGAUGAUGUUUAAUGAGCGCUACAAGAUGCGGGAGCUCUUCCGACCAGGCUUCCCCCUCCUUCAGCAGUUCUUCUACCAAUUGAAGCGGCUCAUCGCGCGACUGCUGCCGAAGCUGUCGCGGCGGUUGGACGAGUUGGAGAUUCAGCCCUCCUACUACGCCUCACAAUGGUUUCUCACGCUGUUCGUCGCCCACUUCCCUUUCCGCGCCUUGCUGCGCAUUUGGGACAUCUUCUUCUCCGAGGGGUGGAAAAUCAUUUUUCGUACUGGCAUUGCGCUGAUGAAGUGGGAGGAGUCGCAUCUCCUGUCGUUGCCGUUCGAGGAAAUACUGCCGGCGCUGAAAAGCUUGCAGGACAACAGGGACGCUCGCGAGCUGCUGCGUCGGGCCCACCGCAUCAAAUUCAAGACGGUCGAGCUGAACCGCUACGGUGACGAGUACUGGGAGAAGAUCGGGGUCGUUCAUCGGGAUUAG